GAUGCUGAGUGCCUGACUGCCUGGCUUCCGUCAUCCCAAAAAGUGUCCGCGGCAUCAAGAGAGCGCAUGCAAAAAGCAAUGAACGGCCGUUUUCUGUCUUCCACCCCCACUUAUGGAAUGUGUGUCAUGGGAUAUUGACGAGGAGGAUGUUCAGAAAUACAACCAAGCCGAAUCCUCACCUUUCUCUCAUUACUCAUGCGCCCGGCUCUUCUCCGGUUACUGAAGAGGCCGUCAGCUCUCUCGGUGCUUGACUCUCUUAUUUCAAUUCCCCUUGGGAUCGAGGAGCUGGAAUCUAAAUACAAGGGCGAAUGUCUGCGAUAUAACUCCCGAGCGGCAUCGCAAAAGAUUGAGGACCAGGCAGUCGACCACGAACGGCCUGACCAUCACAAAUUUCGGACGCGACCAUCGCCGUAUCCCUCCAGUUUUCGCGUCUACGAUAUCCAAUCACCGCAGAGCCAAGCGACAAAUGGCAGUGACCGGACCAGGCAACCCCAGGCGAAAUCAUCGAAUACAGGACCUCCGCGAGAGGUGGGAUUGCAAUUGGAGAAGUUAGAGUACGAGUCGGAUAUUGGACACACGGAUGGUAUCGGGACACGCCUGGUGGACGACCCGGCCCGGCGGCAUGAUUUUGCCCUAUGGGAAGAGCUUCUUCGAUACAGACAGCGACAUUAUGGGGACAAAGGCACCCACGAUAUCUGGGAGGGCUUGAUGGUGCGGGUGGACGAUGUCCAGCUGCCUGUCAGGGGUGACAGGGCAGACUUUUUCUGGCAGAGCUUUGUGGACUUGGCCCUAAAGCGAACCGUCUUACUGAAUGAGCUGGUGAAUUACGCUUUUCGCCUCUGGAAGGAAACAGGGAACCGCUGGGAUAAACUCUAUGAGGCCGUCGUGGGAGGGUUGAUUGCUCGUGGGAUGCCGCAACAGGCCCUCGAAUGGCACAAGAAACUGCAACAUCCUCAUUUAUCCGAGCCGAACGAUAUCCUCCGAAUCCUCCAAUUAACUAUCGCGCCUCGUCAUCAGUCCAGAAACAAAGCUGUCUCGAAGAGCCGGCAUACGUCAACGGGGUUAUGGGUGUUCCAGAACAUUUGCCGCUCUACGAAGGGACAUCGGAUAUAUGCCCCCGUCAUUUCCACGUUACUGCGCAACGGCCUCACUGAAGAUCUGUCACAGACGCACCAGGCUCUGAUUGCCCAGGACGACCACCCAGAAUCCUACGAAGACAUCCAGCCGUUACUGGAAUAUGCAGAAGAAAAUUGGCCACGCUUUCGUUUUCAGAAGCUGAAUGUUUAUGUCGAAUCUCGAUUCCCUGGGCGGGCUGCUACAACCAAAGGUGGCCCUACUACGAAGGAACCGCAACCGGACAAAGAGCCAUUGCAUGAAAGGAAACCUUUCAAGGAUGAACUCGGUGCGCGCCUCUUCGCGACGAGAGCCUUGAAUUUCGAGAUGAUUCUUUCCGGGCUGCGAAUGUUCGGCGUAUCAGCAAUUGGGCCGCAGACCGUUCGCGAGAUGGCGGUCCGGGCUCAUGGUGGGCAGGACAUACUGGAGAAGCUCCGACAGCUGCAAGCCGCCGGGAUUUCGGUCGGAGAUAGUGUGUUUACCCGCCUGGUUCGCAAGCUGGCAAGCGAACAUCGCGAGGUUCUUCUGUCCGAUUUCAUCAGCAGCGAUCAGCAUUUUGAGAUGCUGGAGGACGUAGCCGCGCAGGAAUCCUUAUUGGUGUCCUACUACGUUGCUCGCGACUGGCGCCAGUACAACAUGACGCUGGCCAUCCUCGCCGAAAUCUCCACGGAGGGGCCGGAUCUCUCCAACAUCCACUUUCGAAAGUUUAUCGCCGCGGAUGAAUGGCGGUUCGCCUCCAAGUUUGUCGAUGACAUGACGUUGCAAGGCCGUUCCCUGUCCAAGGAGAGCAUCGAUUUUAUGGUGAAGCACAUCCUCCCAGCCCGCCAACCGGGCCACAUGCCACAGCAACUCGAAGGUCGCUCCCUCGUCAAGGAGAUGGCCUUUGUCGUUCAGAUUCUGCAGCGUGCUGCCAAAUCGGGCACGGCGGUGCCAUCCAAGCUCUGGAUUGAGAUGUUGAAGCGACUGGGCAUGCUCAAUCGCUGGUACGACCUCCGAGACUGUUGUUUGUGGCUCGCGCGUCAGCAUUCACCUGCUCCGAAGCACGCCGUGGGCACCAGCAGCUCCGCCAGCCAGUUGUCUGGCAUUCCAUCCAGCGCCCGCGGUCAGCAUCUCCUGCAGACGAUUUUCACCGGCCAGAUGCAAGCGGCGAUCGUGUCGUGGGGGUUCAAGAUGCGCAUCUCGCACCAAGCGGAACAACCGUACGCAGCGUUCGGACCGGAGCAGGAAGGGCUCAUCCCGUGGGUGCGCGGGCUGGUGCUGCUUCGCGAGCUGGAGCAGCACGGGGUGCAGCUCCACGUGGGGGAGAUUCGGCAGACGUGUCGCCAGCGCCUGAAGGUGAUCUUCGGACCGGCGGUGCAAUCGAGUCGGCGCAUGAACCGGAUGCUGCGGCGCGAGAACCCUUACAGCGUGGAGCGGGUCAUCGGCGAUAUCAAUCGGGUCUGGGGCGAGCCGUCGCUGUUCGGCGGCCGGGAGCACGUGGAUUUGUUUCGAUUAAUCAACCCUGCCAUCUCGCCGAUGUCCCUUCGCAGGAUGAGUCGGAACCCUCGUCAGCGCCGAGCGGCCAGCAGCGUGGAUGAAGAGACUUGAUAAUAGAUAGCCAUAUGAUACCAAUGUACUAUAAUCACCGACUUUGAAUACGGCAUUUACAGGUGUGCAAGUGUUGCGCACUCGGGGUCCGUCACACCACAUCCAGAGUCUAGGAGGGAGUCCGUAUUGAUU